AUGAAGAGUCAGUGCUUUGGUUUGGGUGUGUUGCCUACUGUGUUUCUUGUGCUAUAUUCACGUGUGCGUAACUUUAUUACUGUUGUUUACCAACGCUACAGAUACCUCAACGCCAUCGCAGACAUUCAAGACUUGGAAAAUAUUUUGGGACGAAAGCCAAACUUAUACUCUAUCGACAAGAUACUAGCCUGCUCAGCACUUGUGAAGAUCAUCGGCGACUUCGAGGACCUCUACUUCGCCCACAGCACCUGGUUCCUCUAUAGGGCGAUGCUACGCGUACAGAAGAAGUACAUCUUGCCAUGGCACCAAACAGCUUCAAGCACUACACCGGAGGACGUCGUGCCAGGUCAUACCAUGACGAUAACAACGUAUCCCGGGAUGCUCAUUUCGUGGGACAGCUACUACCUGACUUCAGCUGGCCUUGCAAUCACGGAGACACAGCUAUUAAACGAGAAUACGGAUCUGAACAGGCUGGUGACUCCCACUGGCGUGAUCAUGGGCUGGAUUCGUGCAGCUGUGGCCUCUCGCCUCUCCACAACCGGUGAAGAGUGGGCGCGCACCAUGUCUAAGGAAAACAGUGGGACGGCGAACAGCCAAAAGCUGGUUUUAGACUAUAAGCUUUUCCGUCCAGGAGCGCCUAUUGUCGACGGGACAUUCUGGAUGCAUGAACAAAUGCCAGGAAUUGUGCAUUACGAAGACCUCAGUGCACGAUUACGUGAGCAAAAAUACUGGGCCGGCUACAACGUGCCCUAUUUCGAUGACAUAUUUAAGAUCUCCGGUCAACCGGCCAAUGUGGAAGAGUAUGGUGACUACUACACAUACGAGAACUGCCCUCGCGCAAAGUUGUUCAGAAGAGACCACACCAAACUAAAGGACUUGGAUUCUGUUACCGCUUACAUGAGGUACAACGAUUACAAGAACGACCCUUUGUCACGCUGCAACUGCACACCGCCAUACAAUCCCGUGUUCGCCAUCGCAGCGCGCCAUGACCUACUUUGCCCGUGGGGGAAGUAUGACGCGCCAGGAAUGAAUCGACGGGCUGUUGGCGGUAUCGAUACCAAGGUGACAAACCAGGAUCUUUUCGCGUCAUCAGAGUUUGUUGCUAUCAGUGGACCAACAUGGGAAAUGCUGCCUCCUUUUCAAUGGAGCACCAGCGGGCUGCCAGAUAUCCACGUCGGCCAUCCUGACAAGUGGCAGUUCGGAUCCGUUCAUCAUAAGUGGAACGAGUGACGAGCGGCCACACCAGCACAUCACAGAAUCUGAGGAUAGGUGGAAUUCUUCGUGUUUUGUCGUCUCUUCAAACCCAGUAACUGGAACAGUGUAUUCCUCCAAUAAACGCCCAUG